UCCAUGGAAGAAGAAGCCUCUAAGAAGCAAAAGAGGUGGCGGCUAAGAGGAGGGUACCGUCGCCUCCUCUCGCGGCGAUACUCCCCCUCGAAGACGAAGGAGAUAAAGCAGGAGGAGGAUGGAAAGGACGAGGCGGAGAGGGUAAGGAAGGGCAGCAAGGAGAUCGACGCACACCCUGUGAUUAGAAUUCUGGAGGCGCCAUCGAAGAAGGCAACGUCGAGGCCGGAGUUCUUGAGGUAUUUGGAGUACUUGAAGGAGGGUGGGACGUGGGAGCCCAACUCUGAGAGGCCCUCCAUCUACUUCAAGUAGUCGUGCGAGCGU